AUGAGAGCAGCGGGGGCAGCCACCUACGGGCCACAAGGACGAGGCAGAGAGCGGAGGAAGGAUUCGGCCGAGAUCGAGUGCUACAGAUGCCGUAAAAUGGGACAUGUGGCAAGGAAUUGUCCCAGCGCGUAUGAGGAGAGGCGACGGGACCGCAGGAGCGACGCGCCAUGCCGAGGGGGACAGCGGGACUCCAUGGCAGCAGCGACGGGGGGAGAGCAGCAACGAGGAGCCACAGACCGCUGGGAGCGCUGGGCUCGACCCGACAGGAGCGCCAGUGACCAAGAAAGACCCUGCCCCUGGAGCGCCUACAGAGAAGCAGCAGAUGAUGGAGACGAGGACUACUAUGAAGACCACAGUGUCAGUAAGGGCUUCACUAGUCUUCGAAGAGGAUGUUGGACUGUAUACAGCACCACCAAGGAUCGGUGUACAUCCCCAGAGCCACCAGAUCGAACCCACGCGUGCAGCAGGUGGAGGUACAUCACCCACUCGCCAGACCCCUGUUGCAGGGGAUGA